AUGGUAGCCAUGAUGAGAAGAGCCCAUGGUCAUUGUCAGGAUCCUGCUUCUGUUACUUUCUCUGUGCUAAGCCUAGCGAUGUAUUUCAAUGGCUGGCUCUCCUUCUUCAUUACACUAUACUAUAAGUUGCCUCUCAAACAAGAUAGGACGGGUUUCCACACUCGGGAUGUUGACAUCACAAAGAGGUUGGACUACUCAUCUGGAAUAGCCGUUCUCGGAUUCUCACUCAUCGUAUACAUCCUAAGAACCUUUGAUGUUCGGGUGGAGGCUACAAGAGUCAUGGUAUCCGCUCCAGUACUAGCUUUAGUCACCACCCACGUACUGUUGGAACAUGAUUGUGUGUGUGCCAUGGGAGUCGCUCAGCUUUUCCUAUGGGCAAGAUGGGCAGCUGUUUCUAGGCAUCCUUCUAAUUGGAAACUGUGUGUGGUUGUGAUAGCUUCAGGUUUAGCUAUGCUUUUAGAGAUAUAUGACUUCCCUCCGUAUGGAGGCUACUUCGAUGCUCACUCUAUUUGGCACCUCGCCACAGUUCCUCUAACCAUUCUCUGGUGGAGCUUUAUUAGAGACGAUGCUGAGUUCAGAACUUCCAGUCUUCUCAAGAAAUCUAAGAAAAAAACGAAGUAA